GAGAAAAGAAACGUUUCGUUUAAAAAUUCUUUCGUAGGGUUUUCUGGCAGUUACACAUUUGAAUUGCAAUGCAUAGAAUUAACUCCUUAUGCUGUUUGCGGAAGGUCGUUUUCUGAAAUUGCAACUGAAGCUUUCCACUUCCACGAUAACAGCAAUAAACCGCUUCUCUCUCCUGAAUUAUUGUUCUUCUUUCAGCGCCAUAACCACAGAACAAGUAAACUGCCAGGAACAGCAGAAGGAGCAUACUCUGAAUUCGAUUUUGCAUUAUAUUAGCUCAACAAUGUCGACCGAUCUCAAUGAUUAUAAAAUUAUUAAGGAAGGAGAAGCUGAGAUUCUCAUGCAUGCCAAGAACGAAGUCUUCUAUAACAAAACUCAGGUUAAUAACAGGGAUAUAUCGAUUGCUGUUUUGAGAGAAUUUAUAUCAAGACGGAAGCAAGAGCAUGAAGCAACGUUGUCCAAGAGAAAGAAAGGGACACAAAAAGCAACUGAAAAUGAAUCUGUAAAGGAGGAAGCAGAGGAUGUACCUCGAGAAACUCCGUCAGAAAAUCAUGAAUCUAAUGGAAAAUGUGAAGUGGAGGAAAAUACAUCUCCUGAGGAAUUAGAAGCAUGCAGUAGCGUAAAGGGAUCAGCCAAAAUUGCAGAAGACUGCAGUACUGCAGGAGAGCAGACUGAUCUCACAGAAGGGAAAGGACAGGUGGAACUGAAGCCACCAAGGGUUCUUGAGGCAUUGUCUGCUUCUGGGUUAAGGUCUCUAAGAUAUGCUUGUGAAGUAGAAGGGAUUGGUCAGGUUGUUGCUCUGGACAAUGAUAUAGUUUCUGUGGAAGCUUGCAGAAGGAAUAUCAAAUUUAAUGGGUCAGUUGCAAUUUCAAAAGUGGAGUCUCAUCAUGUUGAUGCUCGUGUAUAUAUGCUAACCCACCCUAAAGAAUUUGAUGUGGUUGAUCUUGAUCCAUAUGGUUCACCUUCUGUGUUUUUGGAUUCAGCAGUUCAAUCUGUUGCUGAUGGAGGUAUCCUGAUGUGCACUGCAACAGACAUGGCAGUGCUCUGUGGGGCAAAUGGGGAGGUCUGCUAUUCAAAAUAUGGAUCAUACCCACUGAGAGGAAAAUAUUGUCAUGAAAUGGCUCUGAGGAUCCUUCUGGCUUCCAUUGAGAGUCAUGCUAAUCGUUACAAGCGAUAUAUUGUUCCUGUGCUAUCUGUUCAGAUGGACUUUUACGUUCGUGUUUUUGUUCGCAUAUACACUUCUGCCAGUGCAAUGAAAAACACUCCCCUAAAGCUUUCAUAUGUUUAUCAGUGCACUGGUUGUGACUCUUUCCAUUUGCAGCCCAUUGGGAGGACCAUUUCCAAGAAUACUAGUGUCAGAUAUUUACCUGGCUUUGGUCCUGUAGUUCCUCAAGAAUGCAGUGAUUGCGGGAAAAAAUUCACUAUGGGUGGCCCUAUAUGGUCUGCUCCAAUCCAUGAUCAAGAUUGGGUGGGUUCUAUACUGGCAGAUGUGAAAUCAAUGAAGAACAGAUAUCCUGCUUAUGAUCGCAUAUCUGCUGUGUUGACUACCAUAUCUGAGGAAUUGACAGAUGUUCCCCUGUUUUUGAGUCUGCACAACCUCUGUGCAACCCUUAAAUGCACUUCUCCUUCAGCAGUUAUGUUCCGUUCUGCGGUGAUCAAUGCAGGCUAUCGUAUAUCUGGAACUCAUGUUAAUCCAUUGGGGCUUAAAUCAGAUGCACCCAUGGAUGUUAUUUGGGAUAUAAUGCGCUGUUGGGUAAAGAAUCAUCCUGUGAAAGCUCAGCCAGCAGAUCAACCAGGAAGUGUCAUACUUGCUAAGGAACCUGUUCUUCAGGCUAGUUUUGCUAGGGCAAUAUCAUCACUUAGCAAGGCACAAGCGAAGAAGGUUGUUCGCUUUCUUCCGAAUCCAGAAAGACACUGGGGUCCAAAACUUAGGGCAGGACGUCAAAUUACUAGCAAACAUGUCUCUCUAUUAGGUCCAGCAGCGGUUAAUGGAGCUCUCAACCAUGAAGAUGAUGAAGAACCUAAAAGUAAGAAGCCGAAGACCGAGAAUGAUAUCACAUCUUAGCUAAAAAAUGAGAUUCUUGAAAUUAAUGUUUCAGUUCUCAAGAUCCUGGAAAUAUAUAUUUUUUUGUUAUUAAAGAAAGCAUUUGUUUUCACUAAAUUUUGCAGAAAGUGAGGUGAAGUAGAUAGAGAGGACUGUGUAGUUGUGCCUUGUUCAUCAUUUAACAAUUUACAGGAAAAUGCUGUGGCAAGAUAAAGGCACUUUGCGUUAUGUUAGAUUUUUGGAUCUGAUUUUUUUUAAUGUAUGGAAAUUGUAUUAUGUGGAACAAUAAUUCCUUUUUAGGAAUAUGUAUUGUUGUUUCAUAAAAUAGAUAUUUUUUUAUGGUGACUUGCAUGGC